CACCGGUCUGUGCACCUCCUUCACAACUAAACACGAUACCCAUGAUCUCUCCAGCUGUUGUGCCGUCCAGGCUCUCUUACUUCGCAAUAUACAACCCGACACUUUCGCAUUCGGAGGAUACGCUUAUCGAUCAGGUCGCUUUCUACGCAUCACGGACGCCGUCGACAACUGAUGAACAGCUGCGUCGCGUGGGUCUCGUACAGGGUAUCAAUUCAUUCGGAAGGGCCUUCUCCGGUACGCACAACGUAUCUACCAUACGCACAGUUAAAUCCACAGUCCUCUUGACUGAAGUCGAGCCUGACUGGUGGAUAUUGGCUUGUAUAGACCACUCGCAAUCCUCCAAAAUAACAAGUAAGUCUUCUAGCCAGACGCCAGGCCAGUCCGUGUCAUAUGAUGACCGUGAUCUGCCUAAUUCGCAUGUCCUCAAUGCGCAGCUACAUCGAGCAUAUCAGGUCUUUAAGCUCUUGCACGGCACACUUGCAAGCCUUCUUGUAUCUGAAAACCGAGAGGGUCUGAAACGAAUGCUGGAUCAUUGGUGGGGAAGUUGGGUUUGGAAAUGGGACAUCGGCUACGUCGGGCAUGCAGCAAUGUCCCUUUGGAAUGGUAUGCUUGUCGAUAAAGAAACACGAAACAAAGACACUCUGUCAGAGCUACGCCUGAUGACAGACAGACUCCAAGAUGAGUAUCCUGAGAACAUAAUUGGCACGGUUGUUGCAAGAAGGAGUUCGCCGCACGACACAAAAAGCUCGAGAACAUGCUUGUCAGCAGAUAGUGGCCAACUUUCACGUGCGUAUGUUCGAAAUCUAGUGCAGUAUCUCGAAUACUUGCAUCUCGAUGUUGCAAAACACCAGCUCCCGUCGUGUUCCGAUACUGCAAAUUCCGAGAAUGGGCUCUCCAACACAAACAAAAAGUCUCAUAAGGCUGACAGCUCAUGGUCGCUGUCCUCCUUGUCCCUUCCGACUCUGCCAUGGGGAAAGCCGAGUGCAAUUCGCGCGCCCGGGGUUGUUUCCAGUGAUACAAGCCAGACAAAUGCAGACAUUUCUAACAAAAGGUGGUUAAUCGGUCUAGCUGGUGAUGAGUCACCACUUUCUACAUCCCUUCCGAAGAUAACGUCUCAGAGCCUCUUCAUAGAGCCUGAUUUACAGAUGGAUGGUGCUACAGAGGGAAGCGGGGCCUCUCCACGUCAAGUACGUGUUAUCGUGUACAUGACUGGUCUUCUGACAUUCUUGAUUCUCGUGGAGCCAACAUGCUCUCACCUGUCAUCUGUCGAGUUUUAUCGCCGGAUAGCCGGCGAAUUGGAAAACGUUGCUGCAGUCGUGGGACGACCCAGUACACCUACUGAUACGGGGCCACGAAAAUCUUCAGAAUUCGAUUUUCUGUUAUGGGAUCCCGACACACUGGAGAUAAAGACAUCUAUACCCACUACACCGCAUCUUGAGACCCAGGGUUUUUCUACGCCGUCGUCAGAUUGGACGAUGGAGGAUCUCACGCAUGUUCACACGCAAGUGGCAAAUGUGAUAAGCUCUGCACAAACUUCGGCGGACGUCAAAGUACGGAUUAUCAAGUCAAGUAAGGGCUUUUGGAUCGUUUGGAGAAGACUAGAACACGACCGGGAAGGCGUUGCAGUCAGGAGGUGGAUUCCGGGAGACGGACUGGAGGACGUCGCAAAGGAUGCAAAGGAGUUAAUCCAAAGUACUUUGGAAGAAAGGAGACCGUAA